AUGAUUCAACUUCCUUCAUUCGAUUAUGAAAAAUCUAUAUUUAAAAUGGUCUGUUUUAGAAAACAUUUUCUUAAAGAUAUUACAUACUAUUUGUUCUUACUUGAAAAUUAUUUAAUCUUAACAUAAGUAAGAAGAUAAAUUUAUUUUUAAAGGAAGUGAAUUCAUAAUAACCAAAAUAUGUUUUUGAAGUCAAUCUUUAAACAAAAGUGUAUUGGGAAUAAGAGAAACAAAUUUAUUUAUAAGUCGGAUUGGAAUACAAAGGAGAAGUGAAAUAUUUUAAUGGUGAAUCUGAAGAAUUAAGAAAAUUAAAGAUUUUAUUGAGAAAUAAAGUAAUGUAUCGUAAUGUGAGUGAGUUCUAUACACCAAUAAAAUAAUUGGGAAGAGGAGGUUCUUCAAAAGUAAUACUAAUUUUAAGUAAUAGGUUUAUUUAGUGAAUGAAAAAUAUACAAAUUAAGAGUUUGCUUCUAAAAAUGUAGAAAAAAGAUAUUUAAAAGAAGAUGGAGGAUUUGUAAAUAUAUUAUUAAAUAAGAUUAGUAAGCUUUAUUUAAUGAAAUAAAUUUGAUGGCAUCUCUGAAACAUGAAAAUAUUGUUAAAAUAGAAGAAGUGUAUGAAGGAGAGAAUACAUAUUAUAUUAUAUUAGAAUAUUUGAAAGGUAAUUCUCUUUAAGAUAUAAUAACAAAAGGAAUCCUAUAAUUAGGUUGGGAAGAGAUAAAAUCAAUAAUGAUGGUAUUAAUCAAAGAUAUAAAUUUAAGGUAUUAUUAACUACAGUUUAAUAUAUGCAUUCUUUAAAUAUCAUGCAUAGAGAUUUAAAGCCAGAAAAUAUUAUGUUUAAAAAUUCAUAAGACAUAUUUUAAGGAUUAAGAAUUGUUGAUUUUGGAUUAGCAACAUCAACUACUGUUAAUAAUUAUCCAUUUCCUAAAUGUGGUACUCCUGGAUAUGUUGCACCUGAGAUUGCAAAUAUGAAAGAUCUUACAAUAAAAUAUGACAAAAUUUGUGACAUUUUUAGUAUAGGCUGCAUAUUUUAUAAAUUGUAAUAUCUAAUAAUUAUUUAAUUAGAAUAACUUCUAAGGAAUUGUUUUCAGGAAAUGAUUACCAUGAAAUAUUAAAAUUGAAUAAGAGAUGUAUGAUAAAUUUAGAUACUCUAAAUAUGUUCUAAGCACCUUAAUCUGCCAUAGAUUUAAUUAGUUAAAUGCUUAAAAUUGAUCCCAAUUAUAGAAUUACUGCAUAGUAGGCAUUAGAACAUCCUUUUUUUAAAGAUCCAUUUUAAGAUAGAAAACUAAAAUUUUAAUUAUAAAAAAAAACAUUAAAUAAUAAUUCUAAACCUUGGCAAACUUAAACAUUUAAACUAGAAAAAUCAGAUCGUAUAUAAUUACCUGAAACUAAAUAAAUUUCUAUUGAAAAAGAUGAAGAUGAUGUUGAAGAUGAAAAAACAACUAUACGAUUUCCUACUAUAAAUAGUCCUAGAUUUGUUAAAUAAGCUUAAAUUAAAAAUUUGAGUUUAGCAGAAAGAUCUCCAACUGAAUUACCUAAAAAAAGCGUUUUAAAAAAGUUUUCUACUUAAGAAUUUGAAUAACUUACUCCUGAUACUUAAUCUCCUGAUUCUGGAAGAAUGAAUUUUAAUAACAGUCCAAGAAUUAAUCAAUAAGCAGAAACAAAAAAAAAUUUUAAUUGUUCUAAAUAUAAUUAAUAAUAAUAAGCAAUUUACGAAGUUGAUGAUGAAUAAAAACUGUGA